AGGUUUAGAGCUAAUAGAAUUGCCCUAGUGGCGGAUAUUGAGAAGGCCUUUCUCAUGGUCUCAGUUAUGCCAAGGGAUAGGGAUGUCCUACGCUUUCUUUGGGUUCAGAAUAUUCAAAGUGAAAGCCCUGACAUCUGUGUUUACAGAUUUAAGAGAGUGGUGUUUGGAGUGGCCUGGAAUCCAUUUUUUUUAAAUGCGACAGUUAGGCAUCAUAUGGAGAGUAGUGCAGAAUCCUUUCCUUAUUCUGUACACAAAUUACAAAAGAUGCAUGUAUGUGGAUGUUAUGGUAAGUGGUGCAGCCACUGAAGAGGAAGCCUAUCAACUGUAUGUAGAAUCUAAAGAUAUGUUAAGUAGAGGUGGUUUCAACCUACGCAAGUUUUUAACCAACAGUUUUCACUUACAAGAGAAAAUAAAUGCAAGAAAGAGCUGUACUAGCUCAUUGGAUUGUAAGGUGGUGGGUGUGCAGUGGGAUGUUAGUAGAGAUCUUUUGAUAUUUGAUGUAACGACAGUUAUUGAGCAACUCAAUGUAAUCUCACCAGCCAAAAGAGCAGUUGUUGGUGCAGUAAGUCGAUUUUAUGACCCACUUGGCUUACUCUCCCCAGUUAUUAUUGUUUUUAAGAUGUUCUUACAGGAGCUAACUAAGUCAGAGAUGCAUUGGGAUGAGCCAUAUGGCCCCUUGCUAGACAAGUGGAAGUCACUUAUUGAUAGUUUGCAAGGGAGCCCACCUUUAGCUAUUUCCCGCUUUUAUUUUCAUGGUUUGAGCAAUCCUGGCUCAUGUUAUCUCUGUGAUUUCUGUGAUGCAUCUACAACUGCUUAUGCAGCUGUCAUAUAUCUGGUCAUUUUAUUGGGGAACACAAGGCAGGUACGGUUUGUUACUUCCAAGACUAGAGUUGCCCCUACUGAUACUCAAACCAUACCUCGACUUGAAUUGAUUGGAGCCUUGUUGCUGUCUCGACUAGUUAAAACAGUAUCACAGAGUUUGAAGGAAGAAUUACCGUUACAAGAGACGAUCUGUUAUACAGAUUCCAAAAUAGCACUCUUCUGGAUCUAUGGACUAGACCGUGACUGGAAACCCUUUGUCCAGAAUCGGACAGAAGAGAUCAGGAGAUUAGUUCCUCCUUCUCAAUGGAAACACUGCCCUGGCAAGGGGAAUCCAGCCGACCUCCCAUCUAGAGGGAGCACUAUAUCAGAAUUAAGAAUUAAUUCAACAUGGUUUGAAGGACCUAGUUGGUUUAUGGACUCUGACACUGUCGUUGAAGAUGUAUCUGAAAUGCCAGAUGAGUGUGCUCUCGAGUUAAGAGCAUGUGAACGUAGACGAGUACUAGGUCUUUUGACCACAGAAAGAAUAAGUGUUUCUCAAAUAAUGUUACCAGAGAAAUAUAGUAGUUUAAAUCGACUACUUAGAGUUACAGUUAAUGUUUUAAAGUUUACUUAUUUGAUCAGAUCAAUGACAAUAGAUUAUCAGAAAUUGAGAACCGAGGCAGAGAUCCUGUGGUUAAGAGAUUGUCAAAGUACAAUGAUAUAUGAUUCCAACUUUGAGGCCUUGAAAAGGCAGUUGGGUUUAUUUGUUGAUGACAAUGGUUUAUGGAGAUGUGGCGGGAGAUUGUCAAAUGCUGGCUUGACAUAUGCAGCCAAGCAUCCUAUAUUAUUGAAUAAGAAGUGUCCCUUGACAGCUCUAAUUGUGAGGUGCUCUCAUGAGAGAAUGCUCCACAAUGGAGUCAAGGAGACACUAGGAGAGGUACGCUCUAGAUAUUGGAUUCUCCAAGGGAGAUCCUUUGUCAGGAAACUAUUGUUUCAUUGUACUAUAUGUAGGAGAUAUGGAGCGUUACCCUAUUCUGCACCACCUCCUCCCCCUCUCCCGCCAUUCAGGGUUCAAGAGGAACCACCCUUCACCUUUGCGGGGGUUGACUUUGCUGGACCACUUUAUGUGAAACCCAAUACCCCCUGCAAAACUGAAGAUAAAAUCUAUAUUUGUUUAUUUACAUGUUGUGUAGUACGUGCUGUACAUUUAGAGGUUGUGGUUAAUUUGUCUGUAUCUUCUUUCAUUAGGUGUCUAAAACGCUUUAUAGCCAGGAGAGGUCUCCCAAGAAGAAUAGUUUCCGACAAUGGAAAGACAUUUAAGGGAUCUGCGAAGUUUAUUGGAAGAGUUAUGGGUCAUUCUGAAGUCAUCGAUUAUUUGUCAGGAAAGGGAGUGGAGUGGCAGUUUAAUGUUGAAAGAGCCCCUUGGUGGGGAGGUAUGCUUGAAAGAAUGGUUGGCUCCACCAAGAAAUGUCUUCGAAAGAUGAUUGGACAAGCUAGACUUACCUUUGAUGAGAUGAACACUGCAAUCAUAGAGGUUGAAACGAUACUCAACUCCCGACCCAUCUCCUAUGUUUCAACAGAAGAUCAGGAAGAACUGCUAACUCCCUCUCAUCUCAUGGUUAGACGUCGUUUGCUCAACCUACCUGAUAACCUCUGCUACAACUACAUAGAUCAAGAUUACAGUCCUCAGAUCACUCAAGAGAUGAUAACUCGUCGAAUGAGACAUUUAAGCUCUAUGCUAGAUCAGUUUUGGAAAGGAUGGACCACAGAGUAUUUACUGGGCCUUCGACAGAGCCACAGUUAUAGUAACAAGAGAAGACAUAGCUCUGUGGAGAUAGCAGAAGUAGAUAUAGUAAUUGUGCAUAAGGAGAAGAAACCCAGGGGCUUCUGGUCAAUAGGAAGGGUUGAAGAAGUUCUUCCUGGACAAGAUGAUCAAGUGAGAAGUGCAGUCGUUAGAGUGUUCACUGGAGGAAAGAAAUCCAAGACAACUCGUCGCCCAGUACAACAACUGUAUCCCAUCGAAAUUAGCAGACAAACAAGUACAGCUACAGAAGAUGACUCUCCCACUCAGACAGCAACUCCCACUACUCAAUCAGAAGAUAAUGUCUCUGAGCAUCGAAAUCUACUAGAUGACCAGCAUUAGAAGCUCGAGACAGAAUUGUUGCUCAAUCGUUAGUUGGUAAAGAUUAAACGUUUAAUUAACUAGAGACAUGCAUGCAUUAAUUCUACAUUGGAAUUACAUUACUUUAUUAAUUUGUAAGAGAGUGUUGACUAAUAAUAUAGUCAACAGGUGGGGAGUGUGUGGAGAACUCUAAUUAUUAUUCAUCACUGUUAAUUAAUUUUGCUGAGCAUGCGUAGUUAAAUGUUGA